AUGGGUGACAAUAAAGUUGUUUUAGUCACUGGCUGUGCUAAAGGUGGCAUUGGUUACGAAUAUUGCAAGGCAUUUGCGGAGCAAAAUUGCCGUGUCUUUGCCUCCGACAUCUCCCAACGCAUGCAUGACAUGUUAGACCUGCCAUCAGACAACAUCGAGACACUUGAGCUUGAUGUCGCAUCUGAUGAGAGUGUAGCCUCUGCCGUGGACACUAUUAUAUCCAAGUGUGGUCACAUUGACAUUCUAAUCAACAACGCUGGAAUUGGAAGUACCGGCCCUUUAGCUGAGAUUCCACUCGAGACGAUUAGAAAGGCCUGGGAAAUUAACAGCUUGGGCCAGUUAAGACUGGUGCAACAAGUGGUUCCCUACAUGGCUUCUCGGCAUAGUGGGAGUAUUGUGAAUGUUGGGAGCAUUGUGGGGCGGGUGCCAACCCCAUGGGCAGGAUCCUACUGUGCUACCAAGGCUGCGGUGCAUGCCAUGUCAAACACUUUGCGUUUAGAAUUAAGGCCGUUUGGUAUCAAUGUUGUGCUAGUAUUGCCUGGGGCCGUAAGAUCAAACUUUGGAAGUGCAAAUACGGAGAGAUUGAGAAAUCAUGAUUGGAAACUUUAUAGGGAAUUCGAGGAGGCCAUUGUAGAGCGAGCUAGGGCUUCACAGGGUAGUAAAGCGACUGAUGCUACAUUAUUUGCAAGACAUGUAGUGAAGAAAGUUUUGAGUCCUAGACCACCAAAGCAAAUUAUAUUUGGCCACAUGACGGGUUUGUUUGCCAUGCUUUCAUGGUCUCCACUUUGGGUGAGAGAUCUCUUCUUUUCGACACGUUUCAACCUGAACAAGAAGGUCUCGUAA